AUGUCCGCCAUGUCCGCCAUCACCCCAGGACGUCACCUCUUCACCUCUGCGCGCACACACCUCACCUUUGAAUACAUUGUGCAAAGCCAGUCACCCUCUACAGAGCGCCUCAUCAUCGUGCAGUGUCCAGCCUGGGGCCUCGGCUCACGAUACCUCCAACAUGGACUCUCCCCCCUCGCAAACACCCACAACAACACGCUCCUCUUCUUCCACCCACGAGGAACAGACAACUCAUCUCGCCCAGCAAACGUCUCCCAGAUGACCAGCAUGCCCGACCUCUCCACCGACCUCGACGACCUGCGCCAACAUCUCCACCUCGACACUCUCCCCACCAUCCUCGGCCACUCCAACGGCGGCGCCAUUGCCCUCGGCUACGCAGAGACACAUCCACAUCGCGUGAACAAGCUGAUCCUCCUCAACCACCAACUAAUCGGCACUUCCGAGCGCCGCCUCCUCACCGAGCGCGCGACCCUCGCCCACGACCCGCGCUACCACGCCGCCAUCGCAUAUUCCCCACUCCCCAGCCCCCACCCCCAAACAGACACCUCCUUCACACGCGAUAUCACCGCCCUCUGGCCCCUCUACUUCUAUGACCCCAAGCGCUACCUCCCCACCCUCCUCUCCGCCAUCGGAAACCGCGUCUUCCCGCUGUGGUGCUACACAGCCGUGUAUGGAUGUGAUGCGGCGCUGCAGCGUCCACGGCAGAUGAUAGACGGGUUGGGCGCUGUGAGGGCAGAUACGCUGAUUAUUUCUGGGAGGGACGAUCUUGCUUGUGGGCCGGGUAUUGCGCGGCAGACGGCGGAUGGGAUUCCUGGCGCUAGGGUGCUGGUCUAUGAGGAGUGUGGCCAUUUUCCGUGGAUUGAGCAGGGGGGGAGGUUUAUGGAGGAUGUUCUGAGUUUUUUACGGGGUGGUUUAGUAUAAAGAUAUCUGUAUGUUGUGUUGGGUUGUUACUCUAUGGUUUGAGUGGGAUUUGGUUGGUUUGAUAUAUAGUUGGAUAUACAUAUUUGGUCUGGAUCUGUUCCUGGGCGAGGAGUGAAGAUAUUGAUUGGGUGAUGGGUGAGUGUAGACUUUGAUUUUUCAAUGAUACGCUCUACAGUGAAUUUGGCUUGGAUAAAUGUAUCAACUCUCAGGACUUCCAGUAUAUUGGUUUCUAUAUAAUGGCCAAUAUGGCAGUUCAGUAAGUUGAACCACUAUCUAAGCCAUAUGGACAGGUUAAG